CCCGGGAAUGUUAUUACAGCUCUCGGAGUGAGACAUCCAGAAGGAGAGUCAGGAGAGCGCACACUCACACUCACACUCUCUCCUUCAUUCUGCACCAGGCUAAGCUGCAAUGGAAACGCCAGGGAACCGGAGGACCACCCGGGGCCACUCUGGGACCCCCCUGUCCCCGACCCGCAUCACCCGCCUGCAGGAGAAGGAAGACCUGCAGGAGCUCAAUGACCGUCUGGCCGUCUACAUAGACAAGGUGCGCUCCCUGGAGUCGGAGAACGCGGGGCUGCGGCUGAGGAUCACCGAGUCUGAGGAGGUAGUGAGCCGCGAGGUGUCCAGCAUCAAGACCGCCUACGAGACCGAGCUGGCCGACGCACGGAAGACCCUGGACUCUGUGGCCAAGGAGCGGGCGCGACUCCAGCUGGAGCUGAGCAAGAUCCGUGAGGAGCACAACGAGCUGAAGGCACGAAACAAGAAGAAGGAGGCCGAUCUGCUGCCUCAGUCUCGGCUGAAGGACCUGGAGGCGCUUCUAAACUCCAAGGAUGCGGCCUUGUCCACUGCCCUGGGGGAGAAGAGGAACCUGGAAGCUGAACUGCGGGAUCUAAAGGGUCAACUGGCCAAGUUGGAGGGGAGCCUCGCGGACGCCAAGAAGCAGCUCCAGGAUGAAAUGCUGCGCCGCGUCGAUGCCGAGAACCGUAACCAGACCCUGAGGGAAGAGCUGGAGUUCCAGAAGAACAUCUACAGCGAGGAGCUGCGAGAGACCAAGCGACGGCACGAAACGCGACUAGUGGUCGACAGCGGCCGCCAGCGCGAGUUUGAGAGCAAACUGUCCGAUGCCCUGCAGGAUAUGCGUUCCCAACAUGAGGGGCAGAUUGGUCUGUACAAAGAGGAGCUGGAAAAGACGUACAAUGCCAAGCUGGAGAACGCCAAGUUGUCCGCAGAGCGGAAUAGUACGAUGGUCGGUGAGGCCCAUGAGGAGAUUCAGCAGAGCCGGAUCCGUAUAGACAGUCUCAGCGCUCAGCUCAGUCAGCUCCAGAAGCAGCUGGCAGCUAAGGAGGCGAAGCUGCGGGACCUAGAGGACGCCCUGAGCCGCGAGAGAGACUCAAGCCGACGGGCGAUGGCGGAGAAGGAUCGGGAGAUGGCGGAGAUGAGGGCCCGUAUGCAGCAGCAGCUGGACGAAUACCAGGAACUGCUGGACAUCAAGCUGGCGCUGGACAUGGAGAUCCACGCCUACCGCAAACUGCUGGAGGGAGAGGAGGAGAGGCUCCGGCUGUCACCCAGCCCAACAGGGCAGAAAAGGGGCGCGCGGACUGCACAAUCGGGGGCGCACGUCUCCUCUACCUCUAAGAAGAGGAGGCUGGAGGGAGAGAGCAGGACCACCAGCUACAACCAGCACGCCAGGACCAGCGGGAAAGUCUCCGUCGAGGAGGUCGACCUGGAGGGGAAAUUCGUCCGUCUGAAGAACAAGUCCAAUGAGGAUCAGUCGUUGGGAAACUGGCAGAUUAAGCGUCAGAUCGGAGAAGACAAACCCAUAAUCUACCGCUUCCCUCCCAGAACCCUGCUGAAGGCCGGACAGACGCUGACGGUCUGGUCCUCCGGCGCCGGGGUCCCUCACAACCCCCCCACUGACUUUGUCUUGAAGUUGCACACCUCCUGGGGGACAGGGGACAGUAUCCGCACCGCGCUCCUGACCUCCAGCAAUGAGGAAGUGGCCAUGCGUAAGCUAGUCCGGGCAAUAGUGAAUGAUGAGGAUGAUGAUGAGGAUGAUGAGGAUGGCGAGCACCAUCACCACCACCACCAUCAUGACGGGCAGAACUCCACCGGGGACCCCAGCGAGUACAACCUGCGCUCCCGUAACAUCACCUGCACCACCUGCGGGCAGCCGGCUGAGAAGGGGCUCGGGGGCGCCCAGGGCGCGGGCACCUCCUCCUCUUCCAGCUCUUACACUACCGUCACCCGUACCUACCGUUCAGGGGGAACCGGCGGGGGCAGCACCCUAGGGGAGAGCCUGACACCCCGAUCCUUCAUCCUGGGGAACAACCAACGUGCCAAGGUGUCCCCGGAGGGCUGCGGGAUCAUGUAAGGACGCCAUGACGCCCUGAGAAGACGGUGACAGCUUCACUUUUCCUGUGGGAUUUUUUUUGUUACAUUUUUUAUUUUCUACGUCAGGUAUUUUAUAUAGAAGAUUUUUGUUUUUUCUUAAGGCAGCCAUUUUUUUUUUUAUGAAACCAAAGCUGAAUCCGCCAUCGUCUCGCACCAGCACUGCCCCCCCUGCUGAAGCUCCUCCCCCUGUUGACUGUCACAGAACCUGCAACGGUUCUAGAUUUAAGCAUUUAUUUUUAUUAUAAAUAACACUUCCCGGCAGUAAUAUCCUCGCCAUAGUCGUAUAAAUCACUCCCGGACACCAUGUGGAGCCUACCCGGAAAACCGGUGACAAGAUGGCGGCACCCGCUCCGUACAUAACCAAAGAUAAGGUGCUACAUGUAGCGCCGGAAAUAAGACACAUCGCUUUAAUGGGAGGAGUCUACUCCAAACCACUACGCGCCAUUUUCCAUAAGUUCUCACGCUCCCAUUUGUCCGUUAUUGAUAUUGCAGGCAGACGCCAUUUUGUUGUAGUCCGCCACCUUGCUCACGCUACAUUGAAUAAUUGCACUCUGUCUACCAUAGUUUUGGUAACGCCAAAAUGGGAGGGGCCUAUUAUAUUUUUUUAUCAUUUUUUUUUUAACGCCAAAUAUGGGAAUAUAUAUUUUUGGCACAGGAGUGCGGUUUAUAGUUAGGGGCGGACCCCGCAAUUCAACACUAGACUCGUCUGCUCUGUUUGUAUUGUUAUAUAUAUUUUUUACUAUUGGGGCCCUAACUCAGGGGUCAUCAUCAGGGGCCACUUAUUCUGACUCAUUGGACAGAUAGUUACGCAGAGGGUCUCUCCGCCAUCUUGUUUUUUUUUUUUUUUUUUUAUGAAUAGCGCUUGUUUACCAUGUAGCCGUAUCCAUACCAGUGCAUGUCGUCGUAUCUAUAUAUAUAUAUUGUUCGCUCGUUUUGUUAUUUCGGGGUGGCCUUGAAGUUUUUUGUUUUUUUUAUGUUUCCUGUUUUUGUUUUAUUUACUCCACAAAUUAUUUUUUUCAAAAAAAAAAAAAUAAUAA